AUGGCAGGUGACUCCAUCAAAGGCGCUGUCUUCAGGCCAGGGAAGCUGCAAGGUAGGCAAGGGCACAGAGAGGGACAGUGACUUGCCCAUGGCCAUACAGCAGGUCAGUGUGGGAGGGAUCUUUUCUGCCUGGAGAAGCCUGCGGGACUUCAGCCCUUGGGGGUCCAGAUGAAUCGUUCCAACUGCAGUACAGAGAGGAGCGAUGUCUUCCAGACUGCCACCAUACUUUAUUUGUCUGUCAUCCUGGCCCUGGGGACUGUCCUCAACACCCUGGCCCUGUGGGUGUUCGGGUGCCGGAUGAAGAGGUGGACAGAAACCCGAGUGUACAUGGCCAACCUGGCUGGGGCUGACUGCUGCCUGCUGCUGAGCCUCCCCAUGGUCUUAUACACGAUGGGCAGGGACCACUCAGAGGACUUCCUGUGCAGGGUCUCCCAGAGCAUCUACCUGAUCAACAAUUACAUGAGCAUCUGCAUCAUCAUGGCCAUCGCCGUGGAUCGCUAUGCCGCCAUCCGGCAUCCUCUGCGGGCCAGGAUGUGGCGCUCCCCCCGUCAGGCUGCUUGGACCUGUGCCCUUCUCUGGCUGCUGGUCAUCUGCCUGGUCUCCUUGCCUGCCUCCUGGAAGCAAGGCGGCCAGAACUUUUGCUUUGGGAAGAGUCAGACUCGGGGCUCGUCAGCCAUUGUCAUCUCCUUGGUCCUGUUCUUCAUCCCCCUUGUGGUGCUUGUUUUCUGUUCUGUGCGGGUGCUCCAGAGUCUGGUCAGGAAAAAGGCCCAGGUGGCAGCCCAGGACAGGAGGCUGGUCCACAAAGCCCUCCGAGUGGUUUCUGCCAACCUGCUCAUCUUCCUGGUCUGCUUUGGGCCGCAGCAUGUGGCUCUGCUGGCCAAGCUCAUCACUGAGUAUGUGGGGGCCCCCUGCCCUGUUGUUCAGCACAUAAUCAUUUUUAUCAGGGUGGCCUCCCGUCUUGCCAAUGCCAACUGCUGUUUGGAUGCCAUGGGCUAUUACUUUGUAGCUCAGGAGUUCCAGGAAGAAGUAGGGGUGUUCCUAGGGAUGCCCAAGUUCUUCCAGAACUGUACUCCAAGCAGUCCAGGUGCUGACCACUACACCCUACACCCCAAGGGAGGAAAAAUAGAGGCAGCCUUAGAGAGUUCCCAAUCUCUUCCU